GGUGCAGACAUUUGAUGCCUAAUUUGGUUUUCUGGGCGGAGAGCUGCUCCUCUGAGCUGCUAGUAAAUCCAGUCAGAGGGCUGAGGAGUUGCAGUCUGCGACUCUCUUACUACUGGAUGUUCUGGAGAGCAGCAGCGGCGGCCAAGAACCAGAAAGUUUUCUCUCUCGGGUGGCUGAGGAGAAUCUGAAGAAGUGACCUUUUCUUUCAUCAUCUGUUAGAACCUCUCAUCAUGGCGAUAGUCCUGCACUCCAGCCCCCUGCUUUGGACUCGACUGGCUGCCCUAGUCUUCUCCUGCGUGGCCUUCUCGGUGGCCACGCACGGCGGCCGACUCUACCACGGCACUGGAGACUGGUGCAUCUUCUGCUGGGCAUUCAGUUUCGCCGGCACCCUGCUCGUCCUCCUGGUGGAGCUGUUCAGUCUGCAGACCCGAGCCCCCAUCUCCUGGAAGAACUUCCCCAUCACCUUCGCCUGCUACGCCGCCCUCCUCUGCCUGUCCGCCUCCAUCAUCUUCCCCCUUUAUUUUCUCAAAGGCUCCUCGAGCCCGAAUGAGACACGUGACUUCCGCAUCGUGUCCACCGUCUUCUCCUGCCUCGCCACCAUCGCCUACAUGAGCGAGGUGAGCAUCAGCAAGGCGCGACCUGGCGAGGUAGCUGGCUACAUGGCCACGGCACCCGGCCUGCUCAAAGUCUGUGAGACCUUCUUGGCCUGCAUCAUCUUCGUGUUCGUCAGUGACCCCGUGGUGUACGAGCGUAACCACGCGCUCAAGUACUGCAUGUCCGUCUACUGCAUCUGCUUCAUCCUGUCGGCAGCCAUCAUCCUGCUCUGCGUGGGCGAGUGCACUGGCUGCCUGCCCUUCCCAUUCGCCCGCUUCCUGUCUGCCUAUGCCCUGCUGGCUGUCGUCCUCUACCUGUCGGUGACCAUCAUCUGGCCCAUCUUCAACUUUGACCCCAAGCAUGGUGGAAAUAAAGACAGGCCGUACAACUGCAGCUCCCAGAUGGGGCUGUGCAUCUGGGAUAAGCUCAUGGCCGUGGCCGUGCUCACCGGCGUCAACUUCAUCCUCUACUUGGCCGACCUGAUCUAUUCCACCCGCCUGGUGUUUGUCAGUGCCUGAGAGAAACACGAGAAAGAGAGCGAGUUAGACCAGCAGUAUGCUCCACAUUAAUCUGAAUUUGGUCACUUUAUUAAUUGAACUGCUGUCAGAUACACUGCUGCAAGCAAAUCCAGUUAACUCAGGAGCUUGUGGGUUAUGACUGAGGCAAAAAACAACUUCUAACAUGGCUCGAUUUGUUGUUUUAAAUGAAAAUUAUUAGAUUUUUGCUGUUGUAUUGUUACAAAUAAACCACAGGAGAACCAAAUAUGGCCCAAAAUAACCGUAUCAUGGUUGAUCAAGAGAAGACAGUCGGUCGAAACCCAUAUCUUGUGCUCUUCAGUCUUGCCAAAUUCAGUUUUGUGUGAAGUAUACUGCAACACUGAGGACUUUAAAGAGAGAAGAAGGUCAAUGGCUAUGUUUACACGUAUAACAAUAUUCCUACAAAUUACUGAGGUUUUCUGUUCAUGUAUUUUUCUGAAUAGACUUUUGUUCUGAUCAUCAGAGACCUGAUUGCUGGAACAUGCUGAUGCAACCCAUUUAAAUAUAUCUUUUUUAACAGUUGUAACAACAGAUCAUGUUCCAUUUUAAUGCAGAAAAUAGAAUAUUAUUUCACUUUUGUAAAGGUCUGCAUAUGAGUAGGCUAUUGAUAUGUUCACCACAGCAAGACUCUAACAAGGACACAAGCUAACAAGCAAAAUACUAUGUGCAUGCAAACAUAGUCUGUGAUGGCAAGAGAAGAAAGACCAAAGAAAAUGGUGGUCUAUUAUUGUAUUUUGUAAGAUUUUUUUUGCAUAUUGUAUGUCAUGUCAAUGCGCUGCCUUAAAUCAGUUUUUUAAAAAUUUGAUGUAAAAAGACAGCUGAGUUUCAUUUUUUCAAUUGACAAUAGACAAAAUGUAAGAAAAUAAUGAUUACUAGUAGUAAAGAGUUAAGCUGAUGUUAACUGUUGCUGUUGAUGUGAUCCAAGACUUUAAAAUCUAAACUUCUUUUAAAGGAUUUCAUUGACGCAAUUGACAAUUUUGUGCUCCCAACAGUACACAGAGCAGCUACCAGGGUUGUAUUGUUCAUCCGUCAUUUUUACAUGCUCCAAAAACAGUUCUAAAGAUCUGAAAUAGUGCUAAAAUAGUUUACAUGAUGCUAAGAUGAAUGCUAAGCUAGCUUUUGCUCCUGUUAUUAUAUAUCUGUAUCUGCAAGCUACAAUCAAUGGCAAGAAUAUAUAUGUGGAAAGUACAUAUGCAAGAAUGUGGGUUCAUGGUUGAAGUGCACUUAUAAUUUGUAGUUUUUUGUGUCUCCAAAUACCAAAGCAUCUAGCAACACCAAACCAUCGCCACUAAAUUCAUUGACUGUCGACUGGGUCUAUUGGUUUUGUACUGCUGUAGAAAUACUCAGAGGACGUGAUCAAAGAGACGCUUCUCUCCCUUUAGACGGUGUUACACUUUUUAACUUUUUUUUUUAUAUUCCACUGUUCGUGUCUCAAGUGUAUCAAACCACAUCAGUGUUGUAGGAAAAUGUAACCAAUAAAACCACAUGGUAAACAAA